ACAUUCUGCCUUCUUCUACCUAGCUGUCAUCUGACUCCGAGUGACCAACUGUUCCUGGAAAUUGGAAUGGACCUAGUGAAUGCUCAGCGAGGAAAUUGUUGUAAAGCAGCCCGGUUUCUUAUACUCUUUGCUUCGCAGACUGGCAAUGCGAAGGCAAUCGCUGAAAAUAUAAGUGAAGAAUGUGAAGCUAAAGGACUUGUUCAUAGUAUUUCGUGCACCAGUGAAAAUGAGAAGUUCUCUCUAGAAACAACCGAUUGUGUAGUAUUUGUUGGCUCGACCACUGGAGAUGGUGAUCCUCCUGAUACUGCUCGGAAGUUUUGGCGUUCAAUAAACAAAAAAGAUAAGUCGUGCAGUGCCUUUGCACACCUGUCUUACACAGUCUUAGGCCUUGGAGAUACCAAUUAUACCAACUUCUGUAAUUUUGGGAAGUCUGUUGAUCGAAUAUUUCAGAAUCUUGGUGCAAAAAGGUUUUAUCCUUGCGGCUGGGCUGAUGAUGGCACUGGAUUAGAAGUUGUUGUUGAGCCUUGGAUUGAAGGAUUAUUCCCUGCUUUAAGAGAACACUUGAAAUAUGAAGAAAGUUGCAGUGGGAGCCUGAAUGUAAAUGAAUCAAAACUGAGUCCAGAUCCUUUUGACACUAAUAAAAAUGAAAGUGAAUUGUUAGUGACAGAUCUCAUCAUGGAAAAGUCAGAUCAUUAUAAAAAUACCGAACUGGAUGCCUUUGAAAUAGCUAAUAAAUUAGGUUUGUGUGUUUUACAACAGAAGCAACUUGAGGGUUUGUCAGUAAAGUCAUGUCACUUUCCUACAGAUGCAAAGUUAUCUGUGCCUGUACUACCAGCAUCAUAUUUAGUUUUAAAGUAUCAAGAUGCUUUAACAGAAGACAGUAUUUCAAACUUCAAAAUUCCCAUUUCAAAUGCAGCUUCUAGUGUUUCAGAAAUGAAACUUAUUUCAUUGAAACAGCUGACUGCUAGAAAUGCUGUUAAAACUGCUUUUGAAGUUACAUUACAGUUCCGUGAUACAAGUGAUAUAUUUGACUACUUGCCUGGAGAUUCGUUUGGAAUUCUCAUUAAGAACCCUAGAGCAGAGGUAAAUUUGCUAUUGAUACUUUUAGGAAUAUCAGAUGUGGCAGAUAAAACAUACGAGUUGACAGUUGACCCAGCUACCAAGAAGAAAAAUGCAUCUGUACCGGGUUUUAUCCCUACUGUAGGUUCUCUUAGGUAUGUUUUUGAAAACUGUGUAGACCUCAGGAGUGUUCCUAAAAAACCUUUCAUUAGAACGUUAAUUGAGUACACAUCUGAUCCAAAAGAAAAACAACGUUUAAAGGAACUAGUGAGUAAAGAGGGCAGUGGUGAAUAUAGUAAAUUUGUUAGAGAAUGUAAUCUCACAAUAUUGGACUUAUUGAUAAUUUUUCAGUCUUGCAAGCCACCUGUGACUGUUCUUUUAGAACAUUUGCCACAGCUUCAACCUCGUGCUUAUUCAGUCAUAUCUUCUCCUCGUAGUGACCCCAGACAAAUUUCAUUUGCAUUUAAUGUAAUAGAGAUUAAGCAAGGAGAAACAGUCACUUUCCCUCGCAAAGGUAUCUGUACUGGAUGGCUGUCUUCAUUUGUUGAUCUUAUAAAAAAAAAUGAGGAUCAUCUUGGUGAUAUGCAUUUAAAUGAAACUUUUGAAAAAUUAACUUUACUUGAUAAGAAUGAAGUUUUAGUUAAUGUAUACUUGAGAAGUAAUCAGAACUUCCAUUUACACAAGGAUAAUUCCAUUCCUAUUGUGAUGGUAGGUCCAGGGACAGGAGUGGCACCAUUUGUUGGGUUUCUUAAGCACCGUCAAGCAUUAUUGCUGUCUGGUAAUGAGAGUGAGUUUGGAGAGUCGUGGUUGUUCUUUGGUUGCCGGCACAGGAACAGAGACUAUUUAUAUCGUGAAGAAUUAGAGAAGUUUCACCAUGAUAAAAUUCUGAGUCACUUGAAGGUAUGUUUUUCUAGGGAUGAAGACUCCGCUCAAGGUCCUAAAUAUGUCCAGGAUAACAUAAAGUUAUAUGGUGCUGACCUUGUGUCUCUGAUUGUAGAUAAAAGAGCUAUUGUGUAUGUGUGUGGUGAUGCCAAAAAUAUGGCCAAAGAUGUGUUUGAGGCUUUUACUUCAAUAUUAGAAGUAAAUAAUGAUCUCUCUACAGUAGAGGCUAGGAAGUACAUUGCACAAAUGCAAAUUGAUAAAAGAUAUUUACAAGAUGUCUGGGCAUGAUGAAAGACACAACUUAAACCUAUGUUACCUCAUUUUAAAGCAUUGGAUUUUGCAGCAUUAGAAAAGCAUGUCAUAUAAAGCUGUUGGGAAAAUUGAUACAUUGUCUGCAAAGUUUCAUUUACAUAAGUUAUGUUAUUAAUUUUAUAAACUUCAGAUUUUAUUUUUGAUGUUACUGAAAUAUUUUUUUGUGUGAGUGCCAGUUGACAUCCUCAUGGGAUCUGUAUCUUCAUCUAUAGACAGAAUCACUUGAAGUUUGUUUUUAUUUUUGUUUCACAUGCAAUCGAGAUGUAAACAAUUGCUGAGAGAUACACUGUAUACCCAUAGUUCACAAGUAUAUUUCAUAAAGAACUUCUGUUUUCACCUUUAAUGCCUGUACCUUUGAAAUUAAUGAUUUUAUUGUUUUGGUACUGCAUAUCAAAUUCAUGGGCUUGAUAUUAAGUGCUGCCUAUUAACAUGGAUCAGGAAGAACUAGGCUGCUAAAGUGAAUUAUGCUCUCCUCUUUUCUAUCAAAAUUUUCUUGUUGGGUUUUCUGUUUAUUUGGUCAAAUAUGAAAUGAGUUUUUUCAGCUGUCUUCUUGUCAUGUUCAGUUUUUACUGGAAACCCCAUCUGGUUUAGUGCCUCGUGGGGUUAUUACAAGUGAAUGUAAAAAGUUAGCAGCAGUGCUGCUAACUUACUGUAAUACAGAGCUGAUGGACUUUAACAAGUGCCUUGGGAUGUUUCAUUAGGAUAUUGUUAAAGGUAAUGAUUUCUCUUUUGUUUUGUAUUUUAAUUUUAUGAUAAUCUCAAGUAAUAGCCAAUGGAGUUUAUGUGCAAUAUAAACACUGUACAUGGAAAAUUAUACAGUAUUACUCCUAGUAAUACUGUAUAUUACUGUAUAGUAUUUCUUUACAUGUAUUUAAGUAUUGAUCUAUUUUCAGCAUGGCAUUAAACAAAUAUAUUCGCCUCUUAAUCAAAUCCUGUUUGAUACUGUAUGUUGUACUUUACGGAAGUCAGGUAAUCAUUGUCACUGACUUAUGCCUACCUCACAUUUUUAUGGGAAAGAUAGGUUCUACAAAGUUUCCCCAUGAAUCAUAUAUCAUUUUAUCAAAAUAAUAACUGUUGGUGGUAAUUACCAUCAGAAUAUCUUGUAAACUAAUAAACGGAGGUAGUGCCAA